AUGCGGUUACUACUGAGCCAUGGCGCAGAUGUCAACAGUCGGUCAGGCCCGAGGGGAAGUGCUCUACAAUGCGCCGCCCAAAAUCUGGACGAGGAUGCCGUCGAGAUAGUACGGCUGUUACUCGAUCACAAUGCAGAUGUCAAUCCCCCGCUAGGUAUCGAGGGAACGGCUCUGCAAUCUGCUGCCCAAAACUCGGGCAAAAAAGCUAUUGAAAUAGUCCAGCUGCUUCUGAGUCACGGCGCAGAUAUCAACGCUUCACCCGGCCGCCAUGGAACGGCACUGCAAUCUGCUGCCCAAAACUCGGGCAAAAAAGCUAUUGAAAUAGUCCAGCUGCUUCUGAGUUACGGCGCAGAUGUCAACGCGUCACCCGGCUGCCGUGGAACAGCACUACAAUCUGCCAUCUGGAAGCAAGGCUCUGAAAUGCUCGAGGUAGUAGAGCUACUUGUCAGCCACGGCGCCGAUGUUAACGGUCCUCCAGGCCCCGAGGGAACUGCUCUGCAAUUGGCUGUCCGGAAUCAAAGUGAGGCAGGACUUGAGGUUAUCAAGAUUCUUCUCAGGCACGGGGCAGACGUUAAUGCUCCGCGCCACUUUUGGACGGGAACAGCACUACAUGGUGCCGUUCAAACCAGAGGUUACAAAAUGCUCGAGAUAGUAAAGCUCCUCCUCGAGCAUGGUGCAGAUGUUCAUGCUUCACAUGACCGCAUGGGAACGGCGCUGCAACAUGCAAUCGACUUCCGGCUCAGUGAAAGAUCCGAGAUGGUUCCAAUACUUCUCACGCAUGGGGCAAAUGUUGACGAUCUACCAGACCCAAGAACAAUGGUCAAAUUGGCUGUGAGACGAAACGAUACUGAAUUGCUCCGGAUUUUGUUGUUGGUGGGUGUCAAGGUCAAUGUCAAUUACGAUGAUCCUGAUCCUGAUAACGAGGAUGAUUAUGAUGCUGUUUGGGCCGCUACCGACCAGAACAAUACGGAGAUGGUAAGGCUGUUGCUUGGAGCCGGGGCAGAUCCCGAGGGGGUUUUGGUACGUGAUCCUAUUACUCUGGUUCCUGAAACAAGCCUUGAAACUUAUACUUCAAUGUAG